UGGAGCAUCCCCUCUCAGCGGUGUUACUGUUUGGAAACGUUUUUGUAAACAUUUUUCACAAGGAUAAAGGUGCACGUUUCUUUCUCUGUCGGAUAACCGCUUUUUUUGUUUUACCACAGAUGCGGUAUUUAAAAUCUUUGUGCAACGGAAAUUAAAAUGUAGCUUGUUAGCUUUUGAAGCCACUUCGGCUGUAUGUAAGCACAAAGGCUGUUUAACGUUGCACGGCCUCGUCUUUUUUAACAAUGUAUCCCUCCUGGGGAAAUUUUGGUGGACCCCAGUCGCAAAACUAUGGAGGGUCAGGUCCUCGCAAGCCGCCCGGUGGCGGCCACGCCGGCCCGGCCGCGGGGUUCGGCGGCUUCGAGGCCCCAUCCAGCGGCUCGUUGUUCUCCAGCUUGCAGGAGCAACACCUCCAGCAGAUGCAGCAGCUGCAGAUGCUGCAUCAGAAGCAGCUCCAGUCUGUGUUACACCACGGCAAUGCUGCUAAUGCGUACGGUGGACACUCAGGUGGGCAUCCAGGGACUUCGUGGUACCCAGAAGGAGCAGGACAUUCAGAUAACAGUGUUGGAGCUCAGUCGUACUUUAAACAAGACGAGACUCCCGGUCAGUCGACGAGAGGUCCCCCUGCUCCUCAGCAGGUUCACACACAGCCUCCUCCUCCUCCUCCACCGCAAACCAAAGAGCCCCAACCGAUUCCUCCCCCUCCAGACCCCCCGUCAGUGAAGCCACCGGAGAACAGCGGUGCUCCUAAAGAGGCCAACAAGAAACAUCCAUCCACGACAGAAGACGACAAAUCCUUACCUCUGCAGGAGCAACAGCAACUUUGGUACAAACAGCAUCUUCAGAAUCUACAGAAGUUAAAGCAAGAGAGAGCCAAACAAAAUCAGAAAGAGGGUGAUGGUCCUGUGCCGCCAUCAACCCCGGGCAGAGCAGUUCCUCCUCCUCCUCCAUCAGAACCACCAACAGGCAUACCUCCUCCACCUCCUCCAAAAGAUGAGCCGCCAGUACCACCUCCACCUCCUGAGGAGGGGAAGCCCAAGGUCCCACAAGACCCAGAGGAGGCUGCUCGCCUCCAACAGUUACAGGCUGCAGCAGCACAGUGGCAACAGGUGCAGCAACAGAGAGCAGGCUUACAAUACCAGGCUCUAAUGCAACAGCAUGAAAAGCUUCAGCAGAUCCUGGAACAAUACCAACAGCUGAUUCAGCAACCUGCAAACCUACAGUCAAUGUCUGCUGAAAUGCAGCUGAGGCACUAUGAAAUGCAACAGCAGAAGUUCACCCCUUUAUUCCAAGACUGGGGUCACUCCUUUAUCCUGUGGCAAGAACAGUUCCAGACCUAUCCCCACAAAGACCAACUGCAGGACUAUGAGCACCAAUGGAAGCAAUGGCAGGAGCAGAUGAAUGCCACCAAUGCCCACCUUCAAGAAAGGGUGGCCACUCUCACUGCCAUGGUACCAUUUGCUUCAAGCCAGUACAACAGUGGGAUGACAGGACAGUAUGGCCAGUACCCGGGACAAGACAUGCAAAUGCAGCAGCAGUCAGUAAAACCAGGUAUGCAGCAUUCUCCUGUGGCUGCUGGUCCCAGAUCUCAAGGUCCUCAGCCCACUGGCUUUGGGCCAAAUUCAGAACCUGCUGGACCCCCUGUGAGAGGAGGUGGUCCUGCUGGCAUAGUCAGACCCCCAGGCGCCUCCACCAUUCAGCCACCAAGCUUCAACAGCAUUAGAGGUCCACGUGUAAACAACCCCGGAUUUGACCAGGCACAGCAAAGUUUUGAUGGUCCUCCAAGAUUUGACCAGCCACAGCAGCGCUUUGAUGGCCCCCCGAGGUUCAACCAACCACAGCAGCGCUUUGAUGGUCCCCCAAGGUUCGACCAACCACAGCAGAACUUUGAUGGUCUCCUGAGGUUCGACCAACCACAGCAGCGCUUCGAUGCCCCCCCUCGAUUUGACCAACCUCGGCAACAACGCUUUGAUGGUCCCCCCAGAUUUGACCAACCUCGGCAACGCUUUGAUGGUCCCCCCAGAUUUGACCAACCUCGGUUUGGGCAGCAGCCUAGGUUCGAACAACCCCCAAGGCACCCUGGCCCGCCACCUCAUUUUGAACACCAACCGGUGCCCCAGCAAAUACAACAGCAAGAUCCCCAACCUAAGGCAGAACCAGCUACUAAACAACCUGCCGGUAUUGAUUCUAAGACUCCCAUAAAAUCAACUGGGCAACCCCAGUCUGAAAAAGAAAAAACUGAAUCAGAACCAGAUAAGAAGAUCAAUGCUGAAGACAUGACAGAUGAUAACUUGCUAGGGACUGAGGGUUUUUUUGUUCAAAAUGAUCCCAUUCCUCAGACAUUACAAACAAACACAAAGCCUGAAGAACCUGAUGACAAAAAUGCAUCUAACAACAGUGAAAAACCCAAACCUGUUAACAGCAAGCCUGCCGUAACUUCUCCUUCUAUUGUAGUAUCAAAAAAUACUGCUGUUCAAAAUCCCCUCAAACCAGAUGAACCAUUGGCAAACAACAAAACUCCAGUGGUUCCAAAGCCCUCUGGAAUCCAACCAGAGCAACAGGCGUCUGGCCAAAUGCAGCCACGACCAGAUCCUCCAAGGCCUCCUCCUGGUAGGGGACGGGGACAGCCCCCAGUACCUGUCUCAGUGCAUGGACGAGGACGUGGGCAGAGGGGCCAAGAAGAGUUCGGGGGACCAAACACUGGACCGCUUGGGGAGAAGAUGGGAGAAAUGUCUUAUGACUACAUACCACCUGAAGCUGACUUUGGGAUGCCAGAGGAGCAAGACGAGUAUCAGGAAGAGUAUCACUGGCAAGACUCUUCAUACGAGGAGUAUGGUGGGGAAUCAGAGAUACCCCCUGAGGAAAUGUGGAUGCCAGAGGAAGAUCACUUCCCAACAGAGGAAGAGUUUUAUGAAGAGCCACUUGGAGGACCCCCUGUGGGGAGAGGAGGGCCCCCAAUGAUGAGAGGGAGACCCCCCAUGGGAAGAGGAGGCCCACCAAUGGGCAGAGGUGGUCCUCCUAUGGGCAGAGGAAGUAUACCUAUGGUUAGAGGGGGACUCCCUUUGGGUAGAGGAGGUCUACCUAUGGGUAGAGGGGGUCCACCUAUGGGUAGAGGAGGUCCACCUAUGGGUAGAGGAGGUCCACCUAUGGGAAGAGGAGGACCACCCCCCAUGGGAAGAGGAGGACCACCCCCCAUGGGAAGAGGAGGACCACCUAUGGGAAGAGGAGGACCACCUAUGGGAAGAGGAGGGCCAGCUAUGGGAAGAGGAGGGCCACCUAUGGGAGGAGAGCCAAUGGACAGACACUGGGAAGAACCUGAGUCAGCGGAAUACUCAGAGGAAGGGGAUCCUUACUGGGGGCAAAGGAGACCUCCAAUGAGAGGCAUGAGACCCCCGUUUCCACCUGGCCGGGGUCGUCCCCCACGUGGCCACCCUGGUUUCAUGCAUCAAGGACGAGGACGCCCCCCUCACCCAGCACAUGGGCCAGUGGGUCACGAGCCAUUAGGCCAUGGAACGGACACUAAUGAUAACGAAAUGGAUUCAAGGCAUCCCAUGUACCUUGGACAUGACCCUCAUAGCCAUCCAAUUCAUCCUGAUGUCGGACGAGGCAGGCGUCGCAUACCACCACCACCUCAUGAAAUGAUGGAUCCUAUGGAUGAGCCGUUGUACGAUGAAGGAAUGGAGAGAGAAUCGGGGUGGCAACCGCCUCAUGGCAGAGGCCCUCCUCUGCCGCCACAUGAAAUAAUGGAUUCAGGAGGAAUGAGAAGGAGGCCUGUGGGUCGAGGAAUGGCGAGAGGCAUGUGGCGGCCAGGUCCAACACAUGAAGAAUACAACGAGGGAUAUAAUGAGGCUUAUGUAGAAGAUUAUGGUCAUGGGAAAGAUGGGUAUCGCUGGCGGCCACCGCAGGACUAUCCUCCUGAUGACUAUCGGCAUGAGGCCAAGUACUAUGAAUCCGAAUGGAACAGAGAGCAUGCACCUCCCGAGAGGGACUAUCCCCCCAUGCCACCACCAGAGCCAUACAGAGAAAGCCACUGGCUAGAGGAAAGAGAAAGAGGUCAACCAUAUCCUUAUGAUGAGCAUGACAGGGGAAGAGGAGAGCUUAGAAUCCGUGAUCACAGAGAUGAAACCCCAUACCGGCAGGAUGAGCCAGCAUACCCACCACCACCACCACCACCUUCAGAAUGGGAUAGGCCUUCAAGACUGCCUCCACCAUCAGAGAGAGGGUAUCCUGGUAAUUAUGAGGAUCGCAGAGCUCGCUAUGAAGACCAAAGGGAAGAAGUUCCUUUGGAUAGACCUCCACCUUUACCUCCUGCUGCACCUGUUACAAACUUGCCAGAGAGAUCAGUUGAUCCAACACCACAAGGAACAAGCGGAGCAAAUGUUCUUGCUCUCUCCCAGCGUCAGCAUGAGAUCAUCUUGAAAGCUGCUCAAGAGCUUAAACUUAUGAGGGAAUUGCAGGAGGGGAAAACACCUGGCAGUGAACCUCAGCCUCCACCGACUGACAUCCUGCCUGAGCUUCCUGCUGGUCUUCUUGGUUUGGAGAUCCCACCGGAAGUCAGGAAUGUUCUAAAGGGCAUGACUGCAGCUGCACAGACAACUGAGUCUGUGUCUUUGGAUACCAAGCCUGCUGCCACAGUUUACCAGUCAUCUCUGUCUGCUGUACCCACACCCACAGUGAUUCCAAAGACUGUGGAUUAUGGACAUGGGCAUGAGCCUGGAACCACCGUUGAGCGGAUCUCUUAUGGAGAGAGAAUUGUGUUGAGGCCUGACCCAGUGCCAUCAGACAGGGGCUAUGAAAAAGAACCUCUUGGUCCCAGAGAUCCGUACAGCAGAGACCCAUAUUAUGAAAGACGAUCAGGCCCUUACAUGGACCGCAGGGAGUACAGCCGAGAGAGGGAACUAUACAGAGAGAAGCUUCCACCGGAAUAUGAAAGAGAAAGAUUUGAGAGGGAACGCUAUCCCCCAAGAGAGAGAGAUGACAGGCCGCCUUUACGCACAGGAUACAGGGAGAGAGAACGAGAUCUUCGAGAGAAGGAGCGAAGUGGCAGUCGUGAUCGAGAUGAACAUUACGGAAGGCCUGGAUUUGAUAGACCUCCAUACGAGCGCACUGGACUUGACCGCAGUGCACUUGACCGUUACAGCCAUAGCUCCUCACCUUACGUGGACAGAAGAAGUUAUCCAGAGGACCGAGGGCCUCCCACGGCACCACCCCUUCCACCUCCACCUCAGCCGCCGCCACGAGUCGAGAGGAAGCCGGAAAUCAAGAAUAUCGACGAUAUCCUCAAACCGCCUGGCAGAUUAUCUCGGCCUGAAAGGAUUGUCAUCAUUAUGAGAGGGCUUCCGGGAAGCGGCAAAAGCCAUGUUGCAAAGCUCAUACGGGAUAAGGAAGUCGAUUGUGGCGGUGCACCUCCAAGAGUUCUAGUUUUGGACGACUAUUUCAUGACAGAGGUUGAGAAAGUUCAAAAAGACCCAGAUACAGGGAAAGGGGUCAAAACCAAGGUUCUUGAGUACGAGUUUGAGCCAGAGAUGGAGGACACCUACCGGAGCAGCAUGCUUAAAACAUUCAAGAAAACUCUGGAUGACGGCUUUUUUCCCUUCAUCAUUUUAGACACUAUUAAUGACAGGGUUAAGCAUUUUGAUCAGUUCUGGAGCGCGGCCAAAACGAAAGGCUUUGAGGUGUACCUGGCUGAAAUGACUGCAGACACUCAGACUUGUGCAAAGAGAAAUGUCCAUGGGCGCACACUGAAGGAUAUAAUGAAGAUGUCCAACAACUGGGAGCCUUCGCCACGUCAUAUGGUGCGCUUGGAUGUCCGGUCCCUGCUUCAGGAUGCUGCCAUCGAGGAGGUUGAAAUGGAAGACUUCAAUCCUGAUGAUGAGCCCAAGGAACCCAAGGGAGAGGAGGAAGAAGAGGGUGACCUGGGCUACAUUCCAAAAAGCAAGUGGGAGAUGGACACAUCUGAGGCAAAACUCGACAAGUUGGACGGUCUGGGGAGCAGUGGGAAGAGGAAACGUGAAGACAUGGCAGGCCUGGAUCACUACCUUCAGCUGCCAGACGACUAUGCCACACGCAUGUCGGAACCAGGAAAGAAAAGGGUUCGAUGGGCUGAUCUUGAAGAGCAGAAGGAUGCAGAUCGAAAGCGCGCUAUCGGCUUUGUGGUUGGUCAAACGGACUGGGAGAAAAUAACGGAUGAGAGCGGCCAGCUGGCACAAAGAGCUCUCAACCGUACCAAGUAUUUCUAAGAAGAUAAUCUUGUCCCCCUUUGUUUCCCCUCAUUGAAAGGUUUCCAGAAUGUGAAAACACUGCAGCUUACAUGAGAUUCAUCGAGGUGACACCACCAGUAGUUAUCAAAUUUUUGUUAUUUAAUUGAAAAGGAUACAGUAUUUGUUUUCUUCUUCUUUUUAAGCAGGCACUCUGGUUAUUCAACAGAAAAAAAAUCAAGUUUUUGACUUUGUGCUUCUUCUGGUCAUGUAUCCUGUAUUCAGUCAUGUAUUUGCUAUUUUAUACUUAAUAUGUUCUGUACUGUAUAUCUGUAGCACUGUUCUUUGUUUCAUGCAUACAAAAGACAAUAAAAGUGUUACACAAUUACUUACUUGGGGAGUCUUUCUUGAGUUGUCGUUUGGACUUCAUCAACAAGAAGACUGAAAGGCUAAUUUUGCCACUUUUUGUUUGGAUGUCCAAUCAUUGUUAAUGGUAAAUGUAGUAAAUUGAAAUAAUAAAUUCCUCAAUGCGGUUUGCGGAGCUCUGCCCGCAGUGUCUACCUGUGCCAUGACAUUUGAUAAUUUGUGUCACACAUAGCUAUGUCAUUGCCUUCAUGACAUAUCUAUCAAGUAAAUCUACAUACAGCAACACACACUCAGACAUGCUGGCGAGGAUCACAGAACAGAGUUGGCCUCCGCAUAACAACAAAGCCAAAGUUAGCUGAACUAGCGCUGCAGAAUAAAGUUAAACCUCAAAAAACAACAUGAAAAAACAGGCAUGCAUCCAGCCUACCUCUCCGGUCAUUUUGUUGGCUUCAAAUGAGGCUUACAGGAUUAAUGUCUGAGAUAAGGCAGAUGCAAAAUGAACAAGCAUGAGCAACGGAAUACCAAGAAGUCUGUCAAAAACGCCCAUGUUUUGUGUUGUGAAGCUAUCCACUGAAAUUAGCACGCUAGCUGCAGCCCAUCUUGUCUCAUGAUACCACUGUGUGCCUCAAGGGGCGACAUUCUGAUACUAUAGCCCCACGUAGUUUUAGCAAGUAGAGGUACUAUGCAAGUUUGCUACAUUUCACAAGCUCUUUUAACUUUUGUAGUCUAAUAAGUAAACAAAAUAAACUCACAAAAUUUCAAGAAAGGAAAUAUUCUUACACCAAUUGUCCUUAUUAAACAAGUUUGCUCAGAGUAAAACCCAUUUCAUUCAAACUUGACAAAAACAAAAUAAAAAAUGAUCUUUCCACUGUUACAACAAUCACAACCGCCUGGUUGGUUCUCUGAGUUAGUUGUGCAAAUAUUCCAGCUCUAGAUGCUGCGUUUCAAUGCAGCAACCUUCCACUCACUGCUCUCCUGCUUCACGUCUCUCCUGUCCCGGCCUGCUGCAUCUUUGUUGUCCCCGGAGUCAGAGUCCAGGUCGAUCCUUCGGUCUUGGAGUCUGUGUUCAGUCCGGCUGUGUUCCAUGCUAGGUUUCUGAGCUCAGUUCUGUUGCCCGUGGUGUAAACACCAACAAUCCUGCGGUGCUCCGAGCUCUCAGUUGGUGCAGACUCCAGUAAGUGUAGACCGUCUAACUGCAUAGCUAACUGAGCUAACGAGCUAACAGUAGCUAGUAGCUGCAGGAUGGCUAGACAAAGAUGGCUACAACAAAGACUAUAGUGAACAACAGUUAGCAGUGACUCUGGUGAUAUGCUGCCUCCUGUUUGCGUGGAGCAACCCUCAGCAGGUGGCCUAUUCUUAUACAUGGUUCCUUUAACGUUCACACACUUUCUCUUGACUGUCCCUCAAUAUUACAACCAACUUGUCCAAAACAUCCUCUGCAUUAUAUUUUUGGGUGCCAUUUUCGCUGCUGGAAACAUAGCUAGUUUACAAUACAAGCAAAGACAACAAGGAUUUUUUAUUUUUGAGUGGCAUCCAGUGUGCCCCCUGGCUACUCAGUGGUGGAGACUAGAAAUCCAAGCUGGAAUAGCCUGUAACUUUUCCUUAACACCAACUAUGUCACAGUACACAUCAAAUGAUGGCACUGGUGCUGGAAGAACAGCUGAUUUGGCAGCAGGAGAGCUCUUUCUUGGUCAAUGUAGUUGGACACUGGACAAUUUAUUGAUUCACUUGACUACAAUUACCAUCAAUAUUGAUUGAACAUCCACAUAAAAUAUGGCAAAAUUUCCCUUCCAUUGUGUUUGCCCACAAGACACUAGAAGCAGAAUGUGCUAAGAAUGAAUCAGUGUGGCUGAAGAAUAAGUGUUUACCAGACUUCACUUGUUUUGUCCCUGUGACAUUUUUUAGGAUAACAGCUAUCAGGUUUAUCACUGUAUAUGGUUAAGUUACGAAAAUGAAAGUAAGAGUGUAAAUGGUAACAUCAAAGUUUUGUGUUUUCAUAUACGUCUAAACUGUCCACUCAUGUCUGUGAUGGCUUGCAGAGCAAAUUUCAGUUUAAAAUUUUAUAUGUUAAUUCCUCCCAGUCCUUUUAUGGCGUCUUUUUCCCUUCUUUGUUUUUUUUCCUUUUUCUUUUUUUUAAUUCAAAUAAUUUUAACAUAAAAUAGUACAACGAGGUAAUUGCAGUUAAUUAGACUUAAAAGGUGUUGAUUUCAAGUCCGAAGAGAGUUUGAAGUCUGUGCUUGUUUUGCAGCAUUUACUUUGGCUCAACUUGAAUAGGUUUGCAAUUGCCUUUAGCCAUGAUUGAAGGACUGAAAACAGAAAAGGUCCAGAUUCUGCAGUCCUGUGGCGCACAGGCUUGUCAGUCUUGCUGUUGUUUUAGCAUAUUUCUACAUUCAAAGUCAAACUAUGAAAAUGUUGCCUGUACCACGUUCAGCUGAUCAUUACUACAUGUGAUCACUAAUGCGAUCACAGGCCACAAUUAAGCAUAAUAUUAAUGUAAAUGACAAAAAACAAUACAAAUGAAGUGCUUUUAUUUUGGUUUACAGCUGUUUAAUUAAAAAGUUAGAAACCAGCUGAGAACUGUCUGCAAAUCCAUCUGUGGACAGUCUAAAAGUAAAGAAUGAUGGUAGGACUACUUACAUACAUAGUGGCACAAUACAUUUUGCCUGUUUGACCAUUGUCCUCACUCAUAAUUCCAAAAAAAAAAAUCACAUUCAAGUAUAGUUAUAUUGCAAUGAGUGUUUCAAAUGAACCCCAUUCAGUCUCACUGAAUGUGAUCAUCAUGGUUAAGAUAAGGCAAAAGAAGCAUGCUUUUUGUUUGUUUGUUUGUUGUUAUGAUCAGUUUUAACAUUUACAAACUUUGCACUUGUGAAGCAAAAGGUCCAGAAUUUUCAAACAUCAGAAAUUCUGAAUGAUCAACAACUGAAGACAAAGCAAGGAUCAUCAAUUAUGACCGGACACCAUGAACCACUGAUGAAGACCAUGUCUGAUUUGGACGGCCAGCCACAAUUUAUCAUUGUAAAGAGGAUGGAUGGAUCUUAAUGGUAAGGAUGGAAGAGAGAGGCAGAAACACUAGUUAUGUACAAAAUCAUGUAAUUUUCAUUUUAUAUAUCAUGUACAUACAUAAAAAAGGCAAUAAUGAGCUCUGCUGCAUAUUAAAUGUUUGUCUAAUGAGAUGUGGACUUUAUUUGUGUUUAUUAAAGAAAAAUGCU